UUCAUUGGAAACGACAGGCUCAGGUCUAUCUUGGUUAAUAAUAAUCUUUGAUCUUCGCUUUACAGAUCGCCAUUAUUGGGUUUAGCAGUGCAUAGCGAUUAAGAGUGCAGACUGGGGCUUUAGGAGUAAAAGUGGAACAGGCUAUUUUAAUGAAAUCCAUCGAAGUGUGGAACUACUACCGACUCCUGCUGUAUAAUAGUAUCAUCGGUUGUUAUUCGAGAUGAUAUCCGCUACGAGCUGAAACGAAACGAAGAUCGGACACCUGGAAUAUAACUAAAGCAGUAUCAACCAGCCAGUCCAGCUCCAUCGAACAUUCAGUUUACUGGAAAUACAUCAGUCCUUUGAUGGGAUGUUAUUUUGCCUUUAUUAGAGAAGAGAAGCCAUUCCCGUGGGGUUUAUUUCAUGGGGAUGUGUUCAAGACAAGAGAGAAUACAAAAAGACGUCAACAUCGUAAUUCAAAGGUGCAAGGCAGAGAAAGACUGCCUUUUCUCUGAUUUCAGAUACUCUGAUGCCACCUUCACCUUCACCUAUUCCAAAGGCUCCAGAAGGGUGUCGUACUCUGUGCACGUCUCUGAUGACUACCCAGACAAUACAUACGUGUCAAACUCUGAGAACGAGGAUGAAGUUCUAGUCACCAGAGACCAGAUCCCCGUCAUCUUCCACAGGAUAGCAACAGAGAUUAGGGUCAAUAAUGACGCCAACUGCUGCCUGUCCAUCAAGUCCAAACAUCAGAUAGACAAGAAUCAGUGCCACUAUGCCAUAGAAGAGGACUCUGAGGGGGAUGCUGACUCUGAUGAGUUUUACUAUGGAGGUCAGGUGAACUCUGAUGGCGAGCUCCACAAGCACCCCCAGUUGGAGGUGGACCUGGCUGCGGUCCGGGAGAUGUACGGACACCACGCAGUAUCUCUCAGGGAAUACGGUGCCAUCGACGAUGUGGACAUUGAUCUCCACAUCGACGCCAGUUUCCUAGAUGAGGAAAUAGCCCUGGCGUGGGACGUGAUCCGCAGGGAACCGGUGAUCGUGCGUCUUCACUGCUCUCUGACACAGUACCUGAAUGGACCAGUCCCCACGGUGGAUGUAUUCCAGGUGUCGACUAAAGACCGGUUUGGACUGGGACAUCAGAUGAAGAAGAUAAUGCAGACGUUUGUCACCCAGCAGUGGAAACUCCAAAGUAAAGAGAAACUCAACUGCUCUCGCAACAAAAACAAGGGUGACAAGAAGGGCAAAUCUCCCCUCCACAUCUUCUCGACCCUCCGCAGGCACUUACUGUAUCUGAAAGGAUCAGAUAGAUCUCCCAGCUACCCGCCUCCCGGCUGUGUCAAGAGCAAAAAAAAGCUGAAGCCAGAACAAGAUGGCGUCUCUAAAUCCCACCGCCUUCUCAGUCGGACUUACACCAGCACCGCCAAACAGCAGGUUGAGGUGGACGGCUGCGGCCCCGGGACCAAGACUACCCACCGUCUCCUGGGCCUUUCCCUGUCCAGCGGAGACCCCCGUAUGGACCACGGAGGAGGGCCCGGACCACUGCCCUUCAAACCCCACCGCCUGGGCAGGCCCUGCAUGGCUGUGGUCAAACCAGAGGACCUCCGACCCGCUCCCCAUAAGCUCCUGCCUCGCUCGUGCUCCGGCGACCCCCGCUGUGAGCAUGCGGGAGUGGAAGGGGGUGGGGGAGGGGGUGUAGGUAGUCUUGGGGGAGGUGUUGGUGGUGGAGGAGGUGGUCUUGGGGGAGGUAGUCUUGGGGGAGGUGUUGGUGGUGGAAGAGGUAGUCUUGAGGGAGGUAGUCUUGGGGGAGGUGUUGGUGGGCUGGGCCCGAGUGGUGGUGGAGGAGGUAGUCUUGGUGGAUGUAGUCUUGGUGGAGGUAGUCUUGGGGGAGGUUUAAAGCACCACAGGCUGCUCAGUAGGUCGUGCUCUGGUUCUAUCAGGACGGAGGAGCUGGAUGGACUGAAACACCACCACCUCCUCAGCAGGUCCUACUCCAGCAGUACCAAGAUGGGCAAAGCAGCGGACAUCUUCAAGGACUCUGUGUCUCUGUCCGAGGGGAGGCGGCUCUCUCUUACCUCAGGGCUCAUCGGGAUCCUCGCCCCCUCGCUCGCUACGCCAACGCCGCCAAACAAUGGAGCCAAGUCCAUACCAAUAAAAGACAGAGGUUUCCUUGUCCAGACCAUGGAAUAUGCUGAGCAGAGGAUUCCGGUCCUGAACGAGUUCUGUGUGGUGUGUGACGAACCACACGUGUUCCAGAACGGACCAAUGCUCAGACCCACCGUGUGUGAGCGGGAACUGUGUGUGUUUGCCUUUCAAACACUGGGGGUGAUGAACGAGGCAGCCGACGAGAUUGCCACAGGGGCUCAGGUGGUGGACCUGUUGGUGUCCAUGUGUAGGUCUGCUCUAGAGUCUCCCAGGAAAGUGGUCAUCUUUGAGCCAUAUCCCUCCGUGGUGGAUCCGUGUGACUCCCAGGCACUGGCCUUCAACCCCCGGAAAAAGGACUAUGACCGAGUGAUGAGAGCCCUUGACAGUCUCACCUCUAUCAGAGAAAUGUCCCAGGCACCUUACCUGGAGAUUAAGAGGCAGAUGGACAAGCAUGAUCCUUUAGCUCACCCCUUACUGACAUGGGUAAUAUGCAGUAACAGGUCACACAUCGUCAAACUACCAGUAACCAGACAGUUGAAGUUCAUGCACACCCCACACCAGUUCCUUCUACUCAGCAGUCCUCCUGCCAAAGAGUCCAACUUCAGAGCUGCCAAAAACCUCUUUGGAAGUACCUUCGCUUUCCAUGGUUCUCACAUAGAAAAUUGGCACUCCAUUUUGAGAAACGGUUUGGUGGUUGCAUCCAACACAAGACUUCAGCUCCAUGGCGCCAUCUACGGGAGUGGGAUCUAUAUCAGCCCAAUGUCAAGCAUAUCAUUUGGUUACUCAGGGAUGAACAAAAAACAGCUGAAAGUUACUUCGAAGGACGAAACUGCUACAAACAAGAGCAACUUACAGUCAACAAAGAAAGGCCAGCAGCCCCAGUUUUUGCAAAGUCGGAACCUGAAGUGCAUAGCCUUAUGUGAAGUAAUCACAUCCCCUGACCUGCACAAACACGGAGACAUCUGGGUCGUUCCCAACACUGAUCAUGUCUGUACACGCUUCUUCUUCGUUUAUGAAGAUGGUCAGGUGGGGGAUACGAGCAUCAACACACAAGACGCUGGCAUCCAUCGAGAGAUCCUACGAGUCAUCGGCAACCAGACUGCCACGGGAUGAACAACACAGCAAUACUGCUGCCUCUCCUCCUCCACCUCUCAGCCCAAAGCUGGAUUUUUUUUGAGCUGCGGAGGCCCGUCGUACAGUGUUUCCUUCCGAUCAACGCAGGGGACACACAAACAACUUCAAAGUUUGAAACCUCAGCACACAUAUGUACAACUGAAACACAACAAAACUGGAGGGAAAAAAACACAUUUUUUCUAAGUUUCUAAAUACUAUGAAGAAUCCUGCUUUUCCUGAAGACACAGUACGUCUCAGUACGUCUCAGAACGUCUCAGAACGUCUCAGUACGUCUCAGUACGUCUCUGUACGUCUCUGUACGUCUCUGUACGUCUCAGAACGUCUCAGUACGUCUCAGUACGUCUCUGUUUGACUGAUUGGGACGAUUUCAUUUUUUGUAGAGAACGUUUAAAACGGUAAAACUCUUUGGUGAAUAUUUGAAUAUUUUGAGACUUUUUGCUAGUAGAUAUGGGCCUUUUCGGGGAAAAAUAACUUCCUGUCUAGGAAAAAGGUCCUUCCUGUCUAGGAAAAGGUUCCUUCCUGUCUAGGAAAAGGUUCCUUCCUGUCUAGGAAAAAGGUCCCAUCCAUCUGACCUGGUUUACUAUAGAGUUGUACCUUUUUAAAGUACACUGUAUACUGAAGGUGUUGAUAUGCACUGUUUCUUAAUGUCAUAUAUUUGUUCCAACAACUGGUUCAUAACCUAAAAAACUACAAAUUAUUUUCCACUUGAUUAUUUUGUGUGUGUGUGUACAUACACACAGUACCAGUCAAACGUUUGGACACACCUACUCAUUCCAGGGUUUUUCUUUAUUUUUUACUAUGUUCUAUAUUGUUGAAUAAGUGAAG